CUCAUCAUUGCUUUAUAUAUACCCACACUAACACCUUCCUUCUCAUUCCUUGCAUACCCAAAAAGAAAAACAACCGCCAUUGCUCUCUUCUCCUCAAUUCUCAUCACCUUCUGCGACAAUGGAAGUUAAAGAAUAUGACCCUUUUCUCCCUUGUCCCCUCUCCUCCGCCAGAUGGUGGACGAAGGAUACUGUAGCGGUAGUAACCGGAGGAAACAAGGGGAUUGGGUUCUCGUUGGUGAGACAACUAGCAGAGAAGGGAGUCACUGUGAUCUUAACUGCUAGAGAUGUAGAGAGAGGGUACAAUGCCAUUAAAGAGCUAAGAAAUAGCCCAGGCGAUGUUCGUGUACAUUUCUAUCGGCUUGACGUUUCGGAUCCUGCUUCCAUUAAAAGCUUCGCGUCACAGUUUGAAAAGGAUUUUGGAGUCUUGGAUAUUCUUGUGAACAAUGCUGCAGUAUCAUUCAAUGAGAUCAAUGAGAACUCUGUGGAGCAUGCAGAGACUGUAAUAAAAACCAAUUACUAUGGUCCCAAGUUGCUGAUACAGGCACUCUUGCCAAUGUUUCGUCGAUCAAAUUCUGCCAGCCGCAUCCUUAACGUUAGCUCUAGACUCGGCUCCAUUAAUAAGAUGAAAAACCCUAGAAUUAAAAAGAUGUUGCUAAGCGAAAACUUAUCUGAAGAGCAUAUUGAAGAGAUGGUAAAUAUGUUUCUUGAAAGUGUGAAGAAAGGGACGUGGAAGAGCCAGGGCUGGCCGGAGAUAUGGACGGAUUACGCAGUGUCAAAGCUGGCAAUCAAUGCAUACUCUAGGGUUUUGGCUAGACGAUAUAAAGAUCGUGGACUAUGUGUAAAUUGUUUCUGCCCUGGCUUCACUCAGACGUCUAUGACUCGAGGUAAAGGCACCCACACCGCCGCUGAAGCAGCAGAAGUUGGUGCUAGGCUAGCCUUGCUUCCGCCGCAUGAGCUACCGACUGGCAAAUUUUAUAUGGGGUUUAGGCCUGGCAUUGUUUCUAAAUUGUAAGAAUUAAUAAGACUAGUUAUUUAUUUUAAAUGAGAUAGGUAUGUAAUAUAUUAUUGCCAUGAUUCGUUAAUGGUAAUUAAUUUUAAUAAGCACUUACGGUU